GCUGUAAUGGCUUCCACCAGGCCCAACCCAGCGAGCCAGGCGGGGGCGGCCGGCUAGGGCAGGCUUCCCUCGCCGCCGUUUUGUUUGAAAGCGGGGGAGAAACGCACCCGGGCCCGAACUUAUUGUUGGCAUUGGCAGGAAUCGGGCCCGAGGCUUGGGGGUGAGCGCUCGGGCUCUUGCAAAACGAAUCCGAGAAGAUACGAUGAUGGCACUUGGGACAGUAGUGCGGUCUUCUGGAAUUAGUGAUGAGUGCUGAUGAAAUUCCAUUAAGGUGACCAAUUAUUGCGGCCUUUCACCCUGCCAGGCACAGCGUGGUUCGUCAGAGCUUUUGGAACUGCUAUUAUGGCCACUCAGGUGCUGGGCCAGUCUGGAGGCGGCGGGCUCUUCCCUGGAAAUGCUAACAUGGGCAUGGCACUGCCCAGUGAUACGUAUGACUUGCACGACCUCUCCAAAGCCGAGCUGGCCGCCCCCCAGCUGAUCAUGCUGGCCAACGUGGCCCUGACCGGGGACCUCAAUGGAGGCUGCUGCGACUACCUGGUCGGAGAGGAGAGGCAGAUGGCGGAGCUGACCACGGUGGGAGAUAGCAAUUUCUCAGACAGCGACGACGGGGAGGGCUUGGAAGGGACUCCCAGCGUGGAGGACGAGUCCGGCGAGCCCGAAAGCAUGGAGCUGGGGGCCCUGGAGGUGCACGCGGUGGAGCCGCAGGCCACCCCCGAAGCCCCCGCCGUGCCCGAGGGCCGCGGCCCGGAGAAAGACCUCCCAGCCCCAGCCCCCGACGUGCCCGAGAGCACAGAGGACAAGGCCAAGAGCUCGAAGAGCAAGCCGUUCCGCUGCAGGCCGUGCCAGUACGAGGCGGAGUCCGAGGAAGAGUUUGUGCACCACAUCAGGGUCCACAGCGCCAAGAAGUUCAUCGUGGAAGAAAAUGCCGAGAAACAAGCCCAGGCCAAGGAGGCGGAUCCCUCGGUUGGCGAGGAGGCGGAUUUCUCCAAGGGCCCCAUCCGCUGCGAACGCUGCGGCUACAACACCAACCGAUACGACCAUUACCUGGCCCACUUGAAACACCACAACAAAGCGGGAGAGAACGAGCGUGUCUACAAGUGCAGCAUAUGCACCUACACGACGGUCAGCGAGUAUCACUGGAAGAAGCACCUUAGAAACCAUUUCCCCAGGAAGGUGUACACCUGUUCGCAGUGCUCCUACUUUUCCGACCGGAAGAACAAUUACAUUCAGCACAUUCGGACGCAUACAGGAGAACGUCCCUAUCAAUGUGGCCUGUGUCCGUAUUCAAGCUCUCAGAAGACCCAUCUAACUAGGCAUAUGCGCACUCAUUCAGGCGAGAAGCCGUUCAAGUGCGACCAGUGCAUUUACGUGGCCUCCAAUCAACACGAAGUGACACGCCAUGCCAGGCAGGUGCACAACGGGCCCAAGCCGCUCACGUGCCCGCACUGUGACUACAAGACGGCUGACCGGAGCAACUUCAAAAAGCACGUGGAGCUGCACGUCAACCCCCGGCAGUUCCUCUGCCCCGUCUGCGACUAUGCCGCCUCCAAGAAGUGCAACCUGCAGUACCACAUCAAGUCUCGCCACCCGGGCUGCUCCAGCAUCACCAUGGACGUCUCCAAGGUGAAACUGCGCACCAAGAAGAGCGAGGCUGAACCGCCCGACGCUGGCGGUGCCGGCCAGAAGGCCGACAGGGAGCAGACCCGUGAGGCCGCCCGAGCCAAGCCGGACGCCAUGGCUGAGAAGAGAGGCGAUAAGGCUACGAAGGGGGAGCGGAAGGAGAGCGCGUCCAGGGACAGGAAGGCGGGUGUGGGGGCCGCUGGCGCCGGGCAGGUGACCACCCGGAGCCGGAAGGCAACUGUGGAGGGUAAGGAGACGGACGGGGCCAAGCCUGACAGACGGUCCGAAAAACCCGCCAAAUCCAAGAAGACCAAAAGGAAGGCAGAAGAGGCGGCCGCCUCCGGGAGAGAAGAGCCACUGGUGGAGGCGGAACCCGUGGCCAAGAAGAAGAAGAAAGGGCAAAGCCGGCCCCCCGACAGUCCAAGAGCAACGGGAGAAGUCAAGGUGGAGGAGCAGCCGAAGAAACCUAAUGCCGGCCCAAAGAAAAGCAAAAAGAAGAAAGCUCUGAAGAACAAGGGAAGCAGAAAGAGCGGGAAGCCCACUGAGGGGAAGUGCCCCGAAGAGCCGCCCCCCGAGAAGUCCACCCCCGCCAGAGAGGACCGGAAGGGGAGGUCCGGGAACAGGGGUCUGGCCCCGCUGAAGGAGCCGAUGCCCACCGAGACUUCCCCCAGCCCGGGGGCAAAGGACGAUGCGGCCCCCGGGGACCUCCACUGCCUGUCCCCGCUCCCAGGAGAGGGAGGGGCUGAGGACAAAGACCAAGAGGAGCAAAUGCCCACAGAGCUGGGUGGGGAUGAAGGUCAAGAUGCAACCCCCGAGAAAGCCGUGGAAAAAGAGCCUGGCGAUGAGAGCUUCAUUCAGAGUCCUGCUCCUGGUUCCCAGGAGUGUCCCGAGGUGCCGCCCACGGAGUGGGACCUCAAUGCAACCUGCAGGGGAGACGAAGAGGCGCCACUGCUGCCACAGACACCACCGCCGCCACCACAGCCGCCUGCUUCCCAGCACCGGCUGGACCCCGGGCAGGCUAGGGAGACCGAGACGGAGACGGAGGUCGUCCCGGAGCCGGCCCAGGACGUGGCCAGCCGAGGUGGGGCGAGCGACCGGCCCCUCCAGCCGACGCCAGAGAGCUGCCAGCCGGCGCCCGGGGCGGCGACGGCGGUGGGGGAGGACCUGUCAUCCUCGGGGCAGACGGCGGAGGCCGAGCCUCAGGAGAUGGACGAGGACGAAGGCAUCCACAGUCACGACGGAAGUGACCUGAGCGAUAACAUGUCAGAGGGCAGCGAUGACUCGGGGUUGAACGGGGCUCGGUCGGUCCAGGAAGAGGUGGGGACAAAAGCCGGGCCAGAGGAGCCGCCUGCCACGGGGGCCGAGGAGAACUUUGUCUGCAUCUUCUGUGACCGCUCUUUCCGGAAGGAACGUGAAUACAGCAAGCACCUCCACCGCCACUUGGUGAACGUGUACUACCUGGAGAAGGCCGCGGAGGGACAGGAGUGAUCUCUCCGCCUCCCUUGGUGUUCACGCGUCCACGUUUUUGUUUUCUCUCCGACCGCUCCUUGUUGCAAGGUUGUUGGCUUUCAUUUGUGUCUGAGUAUUUCAGGUGAGGGUCUUUUUCUCACCCUCCUCCCCACAACCCCCUUCGCAUCUCGUAAAUCUCUUGUGUAAACGACUGCGUCUGAGCAACUAAGUUUCUUGUUUUCUAUGAAACAGGCGUAAGGUCCCGCUUAGCUAUUAGCUGGGGCCUGCAUUAUUGUUCAAAAUGAAGUUUAGGAACCUAGGAAUAUACCCCAGCAAGAAACACUGCGAAGCCCACAUGAUUGCCGGCCAUAGGCGGUGGCUUUAUUUUUUAUUUGUGUGUUAAUUUCCAGGCUCUCAUUUUUACCUGCUUUUUCCUCACUUUUUGGUCUACUUUACAUAUUGGUAGGCCUCGUAUCAAUCGGCUCAAAAUGGUUUACCUAGAAGAAAUAUGUCUAUUUCAGAAAAUGAGCACUUUGUCAAAGAAAAAAAACUUGGUUAAAGAGAUAGGCUUAAUUCUUUAAAAAUCAGAAUUUUUCAAAAAUAGUUUUCACGUUUUUCCAGUAAUGAGGUUGGUCCACAGACUUUGUGUUUUUUCUGAUUAAAAAGUAUUAAUUAUGUAGUCUAAUUUUCAUAAAUAUGACAGCGAUAUUUGUCAGGUGAAGGGGGAGGGUGAGUUACUUUGUAUUCUGGUGGUGCUUCAAGGCUCAAAAUAUUGCACAGUGUUUAUUGUUGUUUUUUUUUUACCUAUGCAUUUUAAUCUUUUAGAAAUAGCGUUUGUGCUGUACAGGAACACUUUAUAUAUAUAUAUAUAUAUAUAUAUAUAUAUGCAUGUUUAUUUGGGUUUGUUAUUUUUUUCCCUUUUACUUGGAAACUUUCAGGUUUGUUGCUUACCACAGGGCAGUUUUUUUCUGUUCUUUUUGCUGCAGUCAGGGGUAUCUUUAGGAGGGGAUUAUUAGGAGUGUGUGUUUUCUGAAGCGAAGAAUGAUUGUGUGCCUGUGGGUGUUUGCUCUCAGUAGCUGCUAGGUGUAAUGGAGGGCGGAUAAACCAAAGGCAGGCUCCCCCCUGCCCCCCACCUCCCCUCUGGGUCGGGACUUUCCAUCCUCGGGCCGUGGAGAGAUCAUUAGUAUGUUGGGGUUCUCAACAUGGACCCUUCAGUCGGCAGGCUGUUGGAAGUCUGGUGGGGUGAGCUCUUUGGUGCGAAGUGGUGGAACUUCUCUUGGAAGGGCAAGCUCUGGAAGGUUUUUCCUUCCUCCCCCUGAUUUUUAGUAGCCAUAUCCCAAAUCAAGUGCUCUAGGUUGAACUUGCCUCCUGUAACCACGCAUGUAAUGAGAGGGAGGCUGGUGGGCAGAUGGUGGGACUUGGAAACUCCUGGAGUGAGAGAGUUCCAUCCUGUGAUAGAUCGGAGGGCAAAGGGCCUCCAGUCAAACUAACCUGAGAACCGGGGCCCACCUCACCCAACUGGCCUAGAGAGAGCUACACCUAGGCUCCUAGGGCAGCCCCAAUCAACUGAGGAAGACAACAGCCUGCCACUCAGCCCCCCCCACGAGCCAACUCAGCCUCUGGGGAGGUGGUCUCGGAGAGGGGAACAUCAACCCUCGGGCUGGGACACCUUUCCUGGUGGCUGCUGAACUCCAGAGGCUCAGGGCUCACCUUUGGAGUCAUCCCUUUGAGGCUCUUUGACCACCUCCCCCUCUGCAAAAAGAACUUGGGGCAGAUGUGCUUGGUCAGUGCAGUGGCGACAGGUAGCCGCUCCACCACCUCAGUGUUGGCUGAGGCCCUCUUCUCUUCUUCGGGGCCUGAUGCCAGAGAGCCCUGCUGAUCUGAGCCACCCACGAUUCCCAGUCCCAGGCAGGAGAGGCCGUAGGAUGACUGGAAAGAGCAGCAGGGAGAUGUGUUUCUGCUGGCAAGAUUUCUAAGAGGUGGUUGGGGUUCAAGGGUACAGAGAUCUGAUACUGGGAUGCCAAAGACUUAAGGAAGAAGGACAAUUUCUCCAGAAAGGAAGUUGCUGUUUGCCUUAGGGCGUGUUUAGGGUGCAUGAGUGCAUGAAUGGGUGUGAUUAAAUAGCAGUGAAUUCUUGUCUAGGCUCUGACAAUCAUUGUCAAUGGAAGAUUGAGUUGCAACUCUAUUUAUGUUUAAACUUUUGAAGAAAUAAAACUAGUUACGUGUCUAGUUAAAAGCUAGUGGUGACCCUCGUGGGUGCAGUGUGAUGACUAAUAAUGGGCCAUCUUUUAAUAGUUGCCGCCUUUCGUAAGCAGUUUGAACUGACAAGGAAUUUUGGGGCUGGGAAGAAGUUUGUGGGCCUUUGUAUUAAAAACAACAAUAACAAAAAACAAAAAUGACCAUCUCAAGGGAGAGCUUGAGAAGUUGAGCAAUGUUCUUAUCUCGUUCAGAGACCAGCCUGGUCGGAAAAAUUGAAAGGGAAAACACCGCAGCAGAAACCGCUCCACAAAGCAGUCCAUUCAGUUGGUCUAAUGUCCUGUUUCUGCAAGGUAAUAUGAUGUAUACUACUGGGAAAUGGGCUGGCCCUGAAGCCAUUUCCUCCGGACAUAAGGGUUCUGACAGUGAGGCCUAUAUUAGGCCCUGUCCAGCAGUGCUACAUGUUUCUACUCAUUGAUUUAAAAAAAAAAUUGUAUCAAUGAAAAGUGUAUCAGUAAUGUGAACUUUUGGGCCUGUUGGGGGUUCUGUUUCAUUUGGAAUAUGUAAUGUUUGCAUGAGAAAUGUUUAUGAAUUCUUAUUUUCCUGGGUGUUUUCUUUUUUGGGUAAAACUGGUUAGGGUUUGGGCAGUACGUUUAGGUAAACCAACAAAAGACAGACUUGUCAUUCGAGAGUGUGUGGGGGUAGAUCGAUGCUUAGGUAUCGAUAAGGAACUUCUGAAAUACUGUAUAGCGUGUAAACCUUAUUAACCUACUGUUUUGAUUUCCUGGAAUCUCUCUUCGUCUCUCUCUUUCUCCCUCUGUCUCUCUCCUCACUGUCCCUGAAAGGUACGUGCCGAAUUUGGUUUCUUUCCGGGAUUCUUUAAAGUUACCUUCUCCACUUCUGUUAUUGCUGUUGCCGAUCCUAGCGGCUUCUGUCCAGGAGCUGGUGCCUGGCUGGCCGUGGGUCUCGAUCGGCAGCUGCGGGCAUCAGCCCUGCACCACUUCCGAUGCCAGUCUUCUCCUGCGGAGCUGCCCGGCUCUGGAAUAAACGAGUCACAGGAAGUGGGCACGGGGCUCGGCGCCUCCGCCUGGGAGCGUCGAACUACCCGGAGAGGCGGGGCCGGGCCAGGGCUCCGCUCUCCUCUUGAAGACAAACACAGAGCCAAACUGAACCUCUCUCUGGGGGAGGCGGGGAGCCCCAGGCUGGCCGCGGGGCAACGGGUCGACUGAGCCGAUGGCAACCUCCCCGGCGUCACGGGUGCAGGGCGCCGUAGUCGACCUGAGGUAUCGAUCGGGUCCAGAUCCAGAUGGCCACCGUCUCCCGCAUGUACAUAGGCUCGUCUUUCUAGGACUCCGCUAGCCGGGAGACGUUCGCGUAAGCUGGCACUGAAACAUUUUCGUGACGUUUUGUUGCACCAUGUUUGAAGCUUUCCCAGUGCAAUACGUGUGUUGUUUUUCUGAUUUAAACCAAAGGUAAAUUUCUCAUGGUUCUUGCUGGAGGACCUUUUAUAUUCAUUUGUAGUAGGUGGAAAACCAACCAGCUGGCAGAUUCAGUUUGUGUUUUUGUUUUUUUACCUAAACCAUGUAUACGUCGUAUUUGGUUCCAAAUUGUAGUGUAAAGUUGAACUAAAUUGCAUCAUAUUAACCCUGAGUGUAUUUCCCUAAGCAUAGUUACAACAAAAUAAACUUUGUUAAAAAGUG